AUGCCCUUCGGACUCUGCUCCGCUGGAGCCACCUUUCAACGUCUGAUGGACCAAGUACUUAAUGGACUACCCUUUGUUCGGGUCUAUCUAGACGACAUCCUCGUGUUCUCGCCCGAUGCUGAGACUCACGAAGACCAUUUGAGACAAGUCUUCGCACGCCUGCGUGCGUGGGGCUUGACGUUGUCCGCCGAGAAGUGCGAGUUCGGUUGCCCUUCUGUGCCCUAUUUAGGACACAUUUUUGACGGGAACGGUAUGAGACCUGAUCCGACUAAGGUAGAGGCAAUCUUAAGAUGGCCUCGCCCCGGUAAUGUUGCAGAAGUAAGGUCCUUUUUGGGUCUCGCCGGCUACUACCGUAACUUCGUCCCUAACUUCUCGGACGUGGCACGACCAAUUCAACGGCUGGUGUCGGAGGUCGGAAGUGAAACUUUGGCUUUGGAUACCUACUGGGGACAAGAGCAAGAGGAGUCCUUCCGGGCCCUCAAACUUCGUCUCGCAGCCCUGCCCUUCCUAGCUUACCCUGAUUUCGGUACCCCCUUCGAGCUCUAUACUGAUGCAAGCGACUAUGCCAUUGGAGCUGUCCUUAUGCAAGAAGGAAGGCCCUUGGGAUUUUUCA